AUGGCGUCGGGUACUCCGAUGGAAGGCCCGUUGUCCAAAUGGACCAAUAUGGUUCAUGGAUGGCAAUACCGUUGGUUUCGCUUGCUGGAUGAUUCAUUAAUAUAUUUUACCAGCCGUGAAAAGAUGAUAAAGGGUCAACAAAGAGGGAGUAUGCGUCUUGUUGGAGCUAUUGUUGGCAUUGACGGCGAAAAUAAUACACUUUUCACUGUGUCAGUUGAGGGAAAAAUUUUUCACUUACAGGGACGAGAUGAACGAGAAAGAAAUCAAUGGGUACGAGCUCUAGAAAAUGCCAUACGAGGUUGUGGUGGAUACAAAAAGAAUAACCUGAAAACGAAAGAAACAACCAUUGAUGGAAUCAAAGCCAAGAUACUGGAAGCUGACCAACAUCUCAACAACAUAAUUCUUCAGGUGAAAGGAUUGGAAUCUUUGAAAGCUCAAGCCAGUGAAAAAGAUCGGAAAAACAUCGAAGAUCUUAUUUCUUCCAGCAAUCAAUUACUAAACACUGUGAAACACGCGAUUAUUCUACUGCAGAUGGCCCGUAACAAGAUUGACAUCCCAGAAGAAAUUAGGAAAGAGGAUAAGGAAAAUCAGGCUUUCUCAGCUUCAAAUUUAUCGAGCCACGCUCCUCCAAAGAGCCUCCAAACAGAUACCGAUUCUCCCCACGCUACAACAUCCAGAGAUGAACAACAUUGUGCUGAACAAGAUGCUACUCCUUUGGGACCUACCCCUAUUAGCUAUUCGAGUGAUGACGAUGAAUUCUAUGAUGCUGAUGAAGACUUGUUAGAUCUAGAUAAUGUUAAUGAAAAUGGUCAGGACGGAAAUGAAACGAUUCCCCCUCCAAAAGUAGUUUCUUUCGAAGAAGAAGAAAAUUUCGACUUCGGGGAUGCCGAUGAAGAUUUUGAUGAAAUUUAUGAUAAUGCUGAAGAGCAUGAUAUUGGCAAUGUACAGCAAGAACACGGUAGUGUGCUGGUUCACCUCUUGAGCCAGGUCAGCGUGGGAAUGGAUUUGACCAAAGUUACUCUACCCACUUUUAUCUUGGAACGACGCUCUCUACUCGAAAUGUAUGCUGACUUUUUUGCUCAUCCAGAAGCCUUCGUCUCAACUGUGGAUUUGGAUACUCCCGAAAAGCGCUUUAUUUCUGUUGUACGUUACUAUUUGAAUGCCUUUUAUGCGGCUCGCAAAAGUGGUGUUGCGAAAAAACCUUACAAUCCCAUCUUAGGGGAAACAUUCAGAUGCAGGUAUAAUGUGCCUGGGUUGCCUUUGAGUGGAAAGAAGGUGGAAGAUGGUCCUUUCCCAGGGGCUGAUGAAAAUCAACUUACUUUCUUAGCUGAACAAGUAAGCCAUCAUCCUCCAGUUUCGGCCUUCUAUGCCGAGCAUCCCGGCAAGAGAGUGUCUUUCAAUGCUCAUAUUUAUACUAAGUCAUCCUUCUUAGGAUUGUCUAUUGGUGUCGCCAAUAUUGGUAGCGGAACUGUGACAUUACACGAUUAUGAUGAGCAGUACACAGUGACGUUCCCAAGUGGCUAUGGAAGAUCCAUUAUGAGUACUCCAUGGGUCGAAUUGGGAGGCAAAGUUAAUAUAGUAUGUGAGGAAACUGGUUAUUAUGCUGAUAUCGAGUUUUUGACUAAACCGUUUUUCGGUGGCAAAGCUCACAAAGUUCAGGGAUUCGUCUACAGAAAAGGAAAUAAAAAACCCGUUUUAACUAUAAAAGGCGAGUGGAAUGGAGUGAUGACUGCGAAACCUGCAAAUGGAGAGGAGUAUGUGUUCAUCGACGUGAAAGCUGAGAAGGAAAUGAAAAAAGAAUGUGAACCAGUCAUGCAACAAGGGGAGAGGGAAAGCAGAAGACUAUGGAGACAUGUUACUGCAGCUUUACUUAGAAAUAGAAUUAAUAUUGCUACAACAGCUAAAAGGAUGAUUGAGCAACGGCAAAGAGCCGAAGCCAAAGAGAGAUUGGAGAAGGGGGAGAAAUGGAAUACACUUUACUUCACAUUGGGAGCAGAUGACAGGUGGAAAUAUGAUAAACCUCUCCAAGGCCGUUUAUGA